CAAAAUCCAUUGGGCUCCGCCCAUUUCUGCCGCGCCUGCUGCUGUUGCUAAGGAGCCGUUGCCAUAGAGUUGAGCGAUUGUCCGCGUGCGCAGGCGGAAGUGCCCGGAUUGAGGCUGCCAUCUUUCCCGGGCAGAGCCAGAGCGACAGAGAGGUUGAGCCACUGGGAGACGGAGACAGACAAUCGGCUUCCAUCCGCCCAGUAGAUCGCCUUUAAUCCCCGCUAGCUACCGCCAUGGAAGAGCGAGAGGAUCUAGUGUACAGAGCCAAACUGGCAGAGCAGGCCGAGAGAUAUGACGAAAUGGUGGAAUCUAUGAAGAAAGUUGCAGGAAUGGAUGUGGAAUUGACAGUAGAAGAAAGAAACUUGCUCUCUGUUGCAUAUAAGAAUGUGAUUGGAGCCAGGAGAGCGUCAUGGAGAAUAAUCAGCAGCAUUGAACAGAAAGAGGAGAACAAAGGGGGAGAAGAUAAACUCAAAAUGAUAAGGGAAUAUCGACAAAUGGUUGAGACUGAGUUGAAAUCUAUCUGUAAUGACAUUCUGGAUGUACUGGACAAGCACCUCAUUCCAGCUGCAAGCAGUGGAGAGUCCAAGGUUUUUUACUAUAAAAUGAAAGGCGACUACCACCGAUAUCUGGCAGAGUUUGCUCAAGGCAAUGACAGAAAGGAGGCUGCAGAGAACAGCUUGGUGGCUUACAAAGCUGCAAGUGAUAUCGCAAUGACAGAACUUCCUCCAACACAUCCAAUUCGUUUAGGUCUUGCACUUAAUUUCUCUGUGUUCUACUAUGAAAUUCUAAAUUCCCCUGACCGUGCCUGCAGGUUGGCAAAAGCAGCAUUUGAUGACGCCAUUGCAGAACUGGACACACUGAGUGAAGAAAGUUACAAAGACUCCACACUUAUCAUGCAAUUGUUACGUGAUAAUCUGACACUAUGGACUUCAGAUAUGCAAGGUGACGAUUCUUAAAAGGAAACCCACGUUCAUUUCCUAAAUAUUUGUUGUGAAGAUCAGAAUAAAGAAGCACUGCAGGACGUGGAAGAUGAAAAUCAGUGAGACAUUAAAGCCAACAAGAGACCCUCUCUAACCAACUGCCCCUUCCCUCCAAAAUAAAAAUCCCGUCUCACUCUGAGGACCUCCAAAAUUUGACUUUUCCGCUGGUUCUCAGGAUUAGGUUCCUGCCCAGUUGGGUGUAUGAUUUUUACACAGUUUAAGCAAGGCAAGAGUGAAUGACUGUGGGUUUUGCUGCUGCUGCUGCGCCAGCCAUUUUAGCUUGUAUAAGACACUAACAGGACUGCAUUAGGGAUUGUCUCCAGGCCAUCCAGCACUGUUACCUUUUAGAAACACGUAGAACGAGCAAACGUUACUCCUUAGGGCAGACCAGAGUCGAUCGCACUGUACAACUUGUGUGGUGGCUUUUUUUUUUUUUUUUUUUUUUUUUUUAUAAAUGUCUGAACUUCAUAAUAUUGUUUCAAAUGUGGUUAGAGCUUGACGUUGCCGAUUGCUUCCGAAUGUCCUCGUAGUGGUUUUGCCGUUAGUGUUUUCGAAACUGUGCAAAAAAAAAAAAUGUGGCUGAAAAACUCUGGCGCUGGUAACAGUCAACAAUCCGGGUUAAUUCAUUCUUGCCUCCUUUUUACUCUCCCUCCUCAGAGCAGGUUAGCGUUGGAGCCGGUGUUGAAUAGCCUGCAUGCGUGUUGACAUUUUCUUUUCCUUUUUUCUCUUCUCCCCUCCCCGCCCUUCUUUCUCUCGCUCAAGCCUCUCUUUCGUUCAGUAUGUGUAACUUGAAGCUAAUUUGUACUACUGGAUAUCUGACUGGAGCCACAGAUCCACAAUCUGUAAUUGUUCUUACUGAAACACAGCAUGGAAUUAACAUUAAACUUAAAUAAACAAACCUAAAUUAAAAAAUGCCAAAUAUUACUGUUACUUGAUGGCUUGCUGUCUGUGUUACAAUAUUGUAUGGAUAGUCUAACGUAGCCUUACGGACCAGCGUUCUGUCCUCUAACUCCCCCCCGUAUCACCGUACUCUAACACCCUCUCACCACAUUCACUAGCCGGUAACAUUUCUUCUCAGAUCAGCACUGCUUCUCAAGAUACAAAUACUCUGCGUGUUUGUGUUCAUACUCGGAUAAACGUACUAAUGUGAUGCGUAUGCAGCUUGUUUUAUAGGUAUUUAAUAUUUUCCUGAGGAUUUGCCAAACCAUGUUAUUUUUAUUUUAGACUUUUUUGAUUGUUGGAGGGAUAUACUAGCUUCAUUAGAUUUUUUUUUUUUUUUAAGUCCCUGAAUGGUGUAGUCUUAUCAGAUUUCAGGAAAAUUGCCACCCAAGUGUAAUUGGCUUCCUUGAAUAAAAGCAUCCAUAAAGUAAA